AUGACUCUCUCCCGACACGUCGACCCCGAUGAGCUCAUCAACGCUCUCCGAACCGAUUCGGAGAGUACUCUCAAAUCCAACAUUCACACCGAAAAUGCCGUUGCAAGCUCAACCCCGUAUUCGACUCGCUACUCCAGCAAGGAGGCUAUUCCGAAAUUCCGGAUUCCACAGAACGGCGCGCCGUCAGAUGUAGCCGCGCAGCUUCUGAGGGACGAGUUGGAUCUUGAUGGGAGGCCGAAUUUGAAUUUGGCUAGUUUUGUCGGAACGUAUAUGGAACGAGACGCAAAUGCUUUAAUGGCCGAGAACAUGGCGAAGAAUCUGGCUGACGCGGAUGAAUAUCCCGCUCUGAUGGCCAUGCAUGCCCGAUGCGUCUCCAUCAUCGCUAACUUAUGGGGCGCCCGAUCUAACGAGAAAGCAAUCGGAUCUGCAACUGUCGGAUCCUCCGAAGCAAUCAUGCUUGGCGGCAAGGCGAUGCAGCGUCGGUGGCAGGAGAAACGGAAAGCAGCUGGAAAGGAUAUUUCUCGACCGAACAUCCUUAUGGGCGCCAACGCACAGGUAGCGCUGGAAAAGUUUGCUCGGUACUUUGACGUGGAGGCGCGUAUCCUGGAUGUCUCAGAAAAGAGCAACUUUGCUCUGGAUCCAGAGCUCGUUCGCAAGAAUGUCGAUGAGAAUACCAUCGGUGUCUUUGUUAUCUUGGGCUCGACUUAUACCGGUCAUUAUGAGCCUGUAGAAGAGGUUUCAAAGAUCUUAGAUGAGUAUCAGGCAGAGACCGGCCAUGAUAUUCCAAUCCAUGUCGACGGAGCCAGUGGUGGUUUCAUUGCCCCUUUUACCCAUGCCGGUGGCGGUCAGAAAUGGAACUUUGAACUUCCCAGAGUCAAGUCCAUCAACACUUCUGGCCACAAGUUUGGACUUGUAUAUGCCGGACUCGGAUGGAUUAUCUGGAGAGACCAAUCAUACCUCCCCAAAGACCUUAUUUUCCAGCUGCAUUACUUGGGAGGUACCGAGGAAUCCUAUACCCUCAAUUUCUCACGACCGGGCGGGCAGGUGAUUGCACAGUACUACAAUCUCAUCCAUCUCGGCUUCAACGGAUACCGCGAUAUCAUGGAGAAUUGUCUAGCAAACGCACGGCUGCUGAGCAAAGCACUGGAAAAGACCGGUUGGUUCAAGUGUGUCAGCACCAUUCACCACAAGAAAAGUUUGAAGACGGCCAAGGACACGGUGCUUGGUAGUGCAGCGAACGAGACCUCUGCCGACUACGUAGCAGGACUGCCAGUGGUGGCAUUCCGAUUCUCAGACGCGUUCCAGAAAAACUAUCCUCACGUGAAGCAGGAGAGUGUCAGCAUUCUGCUACGAGCCAAGCAGUACAUUAUCCCCAAUUAUCCCCUGCCCCCAACGGCCAACAAAACUGAGAUCUUGCGAGUGGUUGUCCGGGAAAGCAUGAGCGCUGAUUUACUUGAACGCUUGAUUGCCGACAUUGUGGCCGUCACCGAUAGCUUGGUGGACUCAGACCCCGUCGACCUUUCCAGGUUGCAGACUCAUCCUCACCAAACCCGUAUCGAACGCAGACAGCAUCGAUCCAAGGAGCACGGCCAGCAGGCCCACGAUCAGCCCCCUACUUGGAUGUCGAAGAUGGGCGAGGGGGUGCACAAGACCGUCUGUUGA